AAUAAUAUCAUUUUAAUCGCGAGAAUUGGUACGUUUUGGUCUGUGCGGAAGAUUGGCAAAAUUUGUUCAUUAAAGAAUUAAAGAAUAUGAAAUAAAUUGAAAAUAAUUUAAAUGUGUUUCGAAAUCUAUUGGUAAUACAACAAAAAUUUUAAAUAAAUACACGGUCAUAGAAAUUGUGGUGUUUGAAAUGUUUUGGUCCGGGAAGAAGUGAAGAAGAACUUGUAACCUUUUAUGACAUUGAGGCCAGACUAGGCCUGCCAGCCAGCAAACAACCAACCAAUCAGUAACAUCAUCAUCAACAUCAAAUAAUCAACGCGCUGGGACGUCUAUUAUUUCGUUCUCCUACAAAAAAUAUACGAACAAAAUUCCAAUAACAAAGAAUAAUUAAUGAAAGAAGAUUAAGUUCUAUGAAAAGUGUUCUGCAAAUAUAUAAAAAAUCUGUGAACUGCAAGUGAAUGAAGAAAUGCCACCGAAGACACAACACAAGAAGAAGAUAAUUAACAAAAGUGCAUAAAGUAGAAUGCAUAAAGAAAAAUUUAUAAUGCAAAAGAGAAUGCAAUAAGAAGAUUGUGUUGUGUAAUCAAAAAGAUUUUGCAACUGUAAAAAAAGAAGAAAAUAAAAAACAGAAACAUAGAACGCCACCAUAAAAUUGUACUAAUAAACAAACCCACCGCCGCAACACGAUACGACGAGACGCACGGCACGCGAUUUCUUUUGUUUACAAGAAGGGCAGCGUGCGUGUAAAUCCCCACGCUUUUCACCCAAAUUCCAAGCAACAAACAGUUGACGACGACGUUAACCACACGUACAUACAUACAGAUGUCUCAUUGAAAACCAGAAAAAACAAAGUCCAUUGGAAAUUUCCACUCUCUGCACACUCUUGCCCCAAAAAUUUCCAAAAAAUUACAACAACAUCAUCAUAAAACAUCAGACAGCAAAGAUAAACAAACACAAUACAACACAACGUCAACAAGACACAGGAGGACAACGACUUGGAAAAAUUUUGACCUUCGUUCUUUUGGGUAGUGCUUAGGAAAUUCUCUGCACCGGUCCGGCCAUUCAAUUCUAUAAAAAAAAAUAUUUUCAAAUAAUUUGUAAAGUGACAAAUAAUAUUCAAGAAAUACCAUAAACAUCUAAGUGAGAGAGAAAGUUCGACCAUUGUGGUUUUCAUUUGUUGAUUUAUAAACAACCAUCAAAAUACCACCAGUUAUGGCUAAGGACGAAGAAGAUGAUUUGUUGCCCGAUAAAGAUGCCGCCAAAGGUUUCUAUGCUAAAUAUGAGCCCAAAGAAAUAUUGGGAAGAGGCAUUAGUUCAACGGUACGACGAUGCAUCGAAAAGGAAACUGGCAAAGAGUUUGCAGCUAAAAUCAUUGAUUUGGGUGCAGGCACAGAAACCGGCGAUACAAAUCCAUAUCAUAUGUUAGAAGCUACCAGACAAGAAAUCUCAAUACUCAGACAAGUUAUGGGCCAUCCGUAUAUAAUCGAUUUACAAGAUGUCUUCGAAUCAGAUGCCUUUGUCUUCUUGGUCUUUGAACUAUGUCCCAAAGGUGAACUAUUCGAUUAUCUAACAUCUGUGGUAACACUGUCCGAGAAAAAGACCCGCACAAUAAUGAGGCAAAUAUUUGAGGGUGUCGAAUACAUACACUCUAAAAAUAUUGUACAUAGAGACUUAAAACCCGAAAAUAUUCUGUUAGAUGAAAAUCACAAUGUUAAAAUAACCGAUUUUGGUUUUGCGAGGCAACUAAAAGACGGAGAAAAAUUAACAGAUCUUUGUGGUACACCUGGUUAUUUAGCACCCGAAACACUUAAAUGUAACAUGUUUGAAGGUUCGCCAGGCUAUGGUAGAGAGGUAGACAUUUGGGCGUGCGGUGUCAUAAUGUUUACCCUAUUGGUAGGUUGUCCGCCUUUUUGGCAUCGCAAACAGAUGGUUAUGCUGCGCAAUAUCAUGGAGGGCAAAUAUAGUUUUACAUCACCAGAAUGGGCGGAUAUAUCAGAGGAUCCCAAAGAUCUGAUACGAAAAUGUCUAGUCGUUGAUCCAGCCCAAAGGAUCACAGUACAAGAAGUAUUACAACAUCCAUUCUUUAAUCAAAUGGUUUUAUUACCCGAACCCUCGUUUGACGGUCAAAAAACUACUUAUCAUCUGCGAGAAAAAAGCAUUCAUACUAUUCGACAAUAUUCCAAAUUUUAUCAAAAUAAUUCCACUAACCCCAACAAUUAUUCUGGACAAAGUACAUAUUCCAUCAAUGCCGCCAACAACCAUGUUAUUACGCCCAUCGAUACUGUUGCAACCUCAACAAGCAAUGCCAACCAGGCUCCAUACACAAUACCCGCUGGAACGGGACCCCAUCAACAGAACAAUAAUACUCAACGUGAUAAACAACGUAUUUUCCAACAACAUCAUAACAACAAUACCACAGUGACAUAUGGCUCGCAAAUGCAGCAAGGUAGCUUUGUCAUGGAUUAUUCUCAAAGUUCUAAUGCAGCUGCGGGCUAUUUUGCAAUGCCACAUCCACCGCCUGUCCACCAACAACAGCAGCAGCAACAGCAACCACAUCCACAGUUGCAACACCAACCAACGUUAUAUCAUCAGUUUUCAUCUCAGUUGUCUAAUUGUCCUCCUCCUCCCACUACAGAAUAUUUCUAUACACCCCAGCUUCGUAAGCAGAGUCGUUUUAAUGCCCGUAAGAAAUUCCAAUUUGCCAUAUUGGUGAUCAGAGCAGUUAUACGCAUUCGAAGAUUGCGAUACACUGCUGAACCGCUGCACGUUGAAGAGGCUAUACGUGAUCCUUAUAGAGUUAAGGUUUUGCGUAAGGUUAUUGAUGGCUGUGCCUUCCGAGUAUAUGGUCAUUGGGUCAAGAAGGGCGAAGGUCAAAAUCGCGCCGCCCUCUUUGAAAACACCCCACGCACUGAACUACAUGCCCUGUAUAUCAACAAUUUGAGUCGAUAGUUUAUGACUAGCGCCCUCCUUGUUUUGUCACUUGUCACCCCCCAAAAUAAUUGUUUGCUUUCUCCUAUUACUUGUUUUGUUUCUAUGAAAAAAUACCUGACUUUAUUUCUUUGAUUUGAAGUCGAUUCUCCAGUUGGCUUCCCAUCAAAAUUCAAAAAAUACAUAUUUUUAUAUAGAAAUUGCAUACACCUUAAUUAUUGAACAAAAAUUAUCCUAAUGUUGUUAAGUUAUUUUUUACAUUUUAAGUUAUUUCAAUUAUCCCAUUAUUUAGUUGUAUUUCAAUUGUAUUUUACUUCAAUUAUUUUUAGUUGCCUAGUUUAGUUUAGUACAGUUGCUUUUUUGUUUUAUUUGUUUUGUUUUCUUCUCCCAGAAACAUAUCAAAAGUUGAAUCUUUUGAAUAGAAAUUGAGUCCUUUAUACAAAAAAGAAAUUGUACUUUUAAGUUUAUUAUUUUUUUUAGAAUUGUUUGUUAAUGAUAACACACAUUAAUUGUAAUUUAAGAAGAAAUAAAAACGAAAAAAAAUAAUUGAAAUGAUUAUUGAAAUGCCUA